AUCCCUGUCAAGUCUUGCCUCUUAUCUUAUCCCAUGGAGCCAGAAUUGGCGCACCGCAUCUACGCGCCGCCGCCGCCGCCGCCGCCGCCGCCGUCGCUACCGUCGAGGGAUCGAUGCGCCACCAUGCUUCAUUUAUCUCCAUAUUUACCCUCCUCUUCGUCUCGCUUCUUUCACUGUGAGAUCUCUCUUCCCUCUUUCCGUUCCUCGAGAAGCCAAUUUCGUCCCUACGUUGCCAAAUUAUCUGCGUCUUUGGAGCUUGAACGGAGGUAUAGCUGUGCAAGAGCAAGUGACGAGGAGGAGUUGGAGGAGGGAACGUUGUCGUCGUCUUCCUCCGGUUAUCCUUCGGCAUCGCUUCUCUCUCUGAGCGAGAAGCCGGACAGGAACUUCGCCUUGCUCGACGAAUACGAGCUAGAGGAGCUCGAUUCUGAGAGCUCCACUUGCCCAAACCACCGAACCGGUUAUGUAGCUGUUUUAGGCAAGCCCAAUGUUGGAAAGAGUACACUCUCAAAUCAAAUGAUAGGUCAAAAGCUUUCAAUUGUUACAGAGAAACCUCAAACUACUCGUCAUCGAAUACUUGGUAUAUGCUCUGGCCCUGAAUAUCAGAUGAUACUUUAUGAUACACCUGGCGUUAUUGAAAAGAAGAUGCACAUGCUGGACUCCAUGAUGAUGAACAAUGUCAGAAAUGCUGCAAUUAAUGCAGAUUGUGUGCUUGUAGUUGUCGAUGCUAGUAAAGUGCCACAAAAGAUUGAUGAUGUACUAGAAGGCAUUGGAACAUUCAGGAGUAACCUUCCUAUUCUAUUGGUGUUGAACAAGAAGGAUUUGAUCAAGCCAGGGGAAAUUGCAAAGAGACUUGAGUGGUACCAGAAGUUUACUGAUGUGGAUGAUGUCAUACCUGUAAGUGCAAAAUAUAGUCAAGGAAUAGAGGAUGUAAAAGAAUGGAUAAUUUCAAAACUCCCGUUUGGUCCUGCUUAUUAUCCCAAGGAUAUAGCUAGUGAACAUCCAGAGAGAUUCUUUGUUGCAGAAAUUGUUAGGGAGAAAAUAUUCAUGCAAUAUAGAAAUGAAGUUCCAUAUGCAUGCCAGGUCAAUGUUCUGAACUACAUUAGUAGACCUACAUCUAAAGACUUCAUUCAAGUUGAAAUUGUUGUUGAGAAGGACUCACAAAAGAUAAUACUCAUUGGCAAGGGUGGUAAGGCUUUGAAGGUACUAGCAACAGCUGCAAGGCUUGACAUUGAAGACUUCCUGCAAAAGAAAAUCUUUCUCGAGGUGGAAGUGAAAGUAAAAGAAAAUUGGCGACAGGAUGAAGGGCUUCUGCGAUACUACGGUUAUGGAGGUCAAAUAAGAGCUCUGUGAAAGCAUCACUGUGCAAAUUACCUUUGUUUUUCUUGUAAUUUCUAUGAGAUGUAAACUGCCAGAUAUGUAUGCCACACUUUUUGGACGGCUCUACGCAGGGCUGUUCGAAUGUUUGCUAGAUCAUUAGUGUUAAUUGUCAUUUAUCCAAAACCAUGGAAUUAGCCAUGAAUUUGAAGUGCAAAUUGUUAGCAAACAACAGAGCAUUUCACUCGAGUGAGUGGAAUCAGCUGGCAAAGAGACAGUUCUCGUUGGAUUCGAUUGCUGCUGAGGCUUCUUGUCUUAUUGCAUACUUGUAUGGUCGAAUGCAACUAUGGAAGGAUGGAAGAUGCAAUAGACCAGCAGUCAAUCCAAAAGAGUCAUCACAGGAAUAUGGAAUUGUUGAUAAAAUUAUGUAAUGUGUUAGUGGAUCGAUGAGUUCACAUUUUAAGUAUUGGUGAAAGUGAGUGGUCUUAGAAAUUGUCCAGAUUCAUUGCAUUGAAAACAGUGCUAAUAUAGUUGAGUUAGUGGAUGGAUGAGAAAUAAUAGGAUAAUGGUUGUAAGAUAGAGCUAGUGUUUAAUGUUGAGGUGUUAGCACAGUUAAGUGAGUUAUUGAGUAUGAAUUAUGUAUUAGCCUAUAAUAAGUUAUUUAUUUAUCAAUGAAAUAUUGAGAAAAUUAUUUUA